AUGCGCUAACAAGACAAGUAGUACGUCCCGUUUUAUAGUUACAAACCAAAAUGGCUGUCGUGAGUAGGCUUUUGCUUACGACUAAUCGAAAAUUAUUUCAUACAAACGAGCUAUUGGGAAAAUUACUACGGAUAAACAACAAUUAUGCGUUGCAAAACCAAGGAACGGUAAGACGCAUGUCGGAACAUCGUGUUAUGGAAGUAACUGCAAGUCGAUGGCAAUGGCAUAAAACUAAAGAUUGGCUGCAUUUUUACACCUUUAUGGGCAUAAUACCUGCUGGUUUGCUCAUAUUUUAUUGCAACGUAUUUAUAGGACCAGCGACCUUAGAACCAAUACCAGAAGGAUAUAUUCCAAAGCAAUGGGAAUACUACAGGCAUCCGAUUACAAGAUUUCUUGCGAGAUAUGUGUUCCCAAACACACAAAUGGAAUAUGAAAAAUUUCUUCAUAAAGCGAAGGUAGCUUCAAACAAGUCCAAAUUGUACUUGUUACGACAAAAAAUUAUGGAAGAUAUACAGGACCACGAUGACUAUAGAUAUUGGAGCUUUAAAGAAGGUUUUGGGAAAGAAAUAAUAAAUAUAAAGGAAUCUCUAAAGGAAUUCGAUAUGUAAUACAUCGUAAGUAACGUAGAGUUGUUAUAAGCUAGAAAGAAAAUCGAUUUUACAUAGAAAAUUCAAUAAAAAAUAACGAAAGACAUGUACAGCGUAUAGGAUUCUGUAAUUUAACAGCGAUAAUAUAAAUAAUGUACGAUAUACAGAA